ACAGGGUCAGUCUGUUGUCCCGCUGUGUGACGGGAAAGGUGACGUCAGGCCAUCGGAAUGCGUCUGAGCGCGCCGGCUGCAGUGGAUUAGCGGACCGGGGCGUUCCGGACCCUCCGGACUGUGGUGGGCGGACACAAAACACGCCGUCGCCCCUCACUGGGGUGACGAAGAGCAGCGGCGUGGACACGGAGGAAAACUCCACGAACAGCGCGAGGAUUAUACGAUAUUUUAAUUAUCAUUUCUACAGGCGACAUGUUUUCAAUGUGUCCAAAAACGUUGCUGUUGGUGCUGGUGUGCGCGCGCGCCGCCUCGGCUGCAGCCAAUAACGUCAGUGCACGAGGGAGGACCUUCAUCUUCUUUGACCGCUCGGCCACGGAUGAACCGAUCGACCUGACCGACGUGUUUGGAGAAGACGAUGUCGCCGACUGGAAUCGCUCCCGAAGCAGCCGGGCGCGUAACGCCACCGUCUCCGUGCGGACGCACGUGUCCGACGAGGCGCUGCAGUUCCUGACGGGGCCCGUGUCCACCGUCCUCAUCCCGUCCUUCUACGCGCUGGUCUGCCUCGUCAGCGUGCCCAUCAACGUCUGCGCGGUCGUGGCCUUCGCUCGGAGGAUCCGGCCCAAGAAGCCGGCGGCCAUCUACAUGCUGAACCUGGCCUCCGCCGACCUGCUCUUCGCCUCGCUGCUCCCCUUCAAGAUCGCCUACCACUUCGCCGGCAACGACUGGGUGUUCGGCCCCGUCAUGUGCCGCGUGGUCACCGCGGCCUUCUACUGGAACAUGUACUGCUCCGUCCUCCUCAUCGCGAGCAUCAGCGUGGACCGGUUCGUCGCCGUGGUCUACCCCAUGGACUCCCUGGCUUGGAGGAGGCCCCGGAACGCCACCAUGGCCUGCGCGGCCGCGUGGAUACUCUCCUUCGCUGGCUCGGUGCCCCUCGUCCUCUCCGAGCAGACCUUCCACCUCAGCGACUUGGACAUCACCACCUGCCACGACGUCCAGCGCGCCGGCGAUCUUAUCCGGCACUACAAGGCGUACUUCGCCACCCUCUGCGUCGCCCUCUUCUUCCUGCCCCUGCUCGUCACCGCGGUGUCCUACGCCCGGGUCGUCUGGUCGCUGAGCAGAGUCCCGCGCGGCUUCCCGGGCCGCUCGCGCAGGAGAUCGAGAGCGGUGGUGAUGGCGCUCACCGUGCUGGUGAUGUUCGUGCUGUGUUUCACGCCCACCAACUGUCUGCUCCUCGCUCACUACCUGCAGUUCAACGAGGGGCUCGCCGGGGCCCAGGAGGCCCCCGACGGCUCCUACGCGGCCUAUCUGGUGUUUCUGUGCGUGGGCAGUCUCAACUGCCUCCUGGAUCCCCUGGUCUACUACUUUGGGUCCUCCCAGUGCCAGAGACAGCUACUGAGCGCGCUCGGGUGCCAGAAGGCCUCAGAGGGAAGCGGCAGCAGCCAAUCGGCGACGAGCUCCAGCAGAUUCAGCAGCAGAAUAAUGCUGAAGUCCAGCCGCGCGGAGAGCUCCAAGAUAAACACUCCGGUUCCCAAGAUGGACUCCUUCCAAGCAAACCUCAGCAGCCAAUACAAGAAGCUGAUGGUCUGAUGGACUCGCGUUGAGCAGACGAACUGACUACCUGUGAUUUAAAAAAGUUAUGAAACCGUGGAAGUAUAUUUUAUUAGAAUUAAGUCCAAGUAACUGCAAAUAAGGAGCACAAAGCGAAUAUAAUGAAUGACUGAUGUCCGGCCAACAGGGAUGACGAGCUGGGUUUCAUAGCAACGAUGGAAGAGCCCUUUGAAGGAAGGAAGUUGAGAUGAGAUAAGAAAGUGAUUUCUAGAAUCCGGCUGGACCGUUUUAUUUUUAUUUUUGCACUGUAGAAAUAAGAGCGUGUAAGUUUUAUAAGCUGCAAGUGAAUCUGUAGGUAUUGCAUUUAAUGGAAGGACACUACUUGCUAUUGUAUUUUUAGCUGAGAAGCUUUAUGUUUCACAUUUUGAAAAACUUUCAAGUUCUUACUUUGUAUUUUUUUACUUUUUUUAAAUUUUAUUUUGUACACGUUUUGUCUGAAUAAUUCUGAUAUACCAUUUUGAUUAUUGUUUUAAAGAUAAUGACAGUCAUGUAUUGCAUGCUGCUCUCUGCUGGUUAGACGUGGGAAGUACUUCUAAGUGUAUUUUAAGGGUGUUUCUGCUCCAGCAGGAAGCGCCACAAUACAGUUAACAAAGGGAAACCUGAGGACUCCUCUCCUCUGUCACUGUUUGUAUUAGCAGAGUCAUGUGACUGAAUAAAUACUCUUUGAAUCUUUCAAUGUAAAAGAUUACUUCUUCGUCCACUCGA